AUGGCGUAUGACCGAUAUGUCGCCAUCUGCCAACCACUGCACUAUGAGACAAUGAUGAACAGCAGAGCUUGUGUCCAAAUGAUAGCUGGUGCCUGGAUCGGUGGAAUUCUCAACUCUUUACUGCACACUGGGAACACGUUUGCAUUGACCUUCUGUGGAGGCAACAUGGUGGAUCAGUUCUUCUGUGAGAUCCCCCAGCUACUCAAGCUCGCCUGCUCCAACUCAUAUCUUAGUGAAGUUGGGGUUCUUGUUUUUAGUUCGUGUUUAGUCUCAGGCUGUUUUAUUUUUAUCACUGUGUCGUAUGUUCAGAUCUUUAAAUCAGUGUUGAGAAUCCCCUCUGAACAGGCUCGACAUAAAGCCCUAUCCACCUGCCUUCCUCAUCUCACUGUGAUCUCAUUUGUUUGCACUGGUGUCUUUGCCUACCUGAAACCCACCUCCAACUCCCCAUCUGCUCUGGAUCUUGUGAUGGCUGUUCUCUAUUCUGUAUUGCCACCUAUCAUGAAUCCAAUUAUCUACAGCAUGAGGAACAAGGAGAUCAAAGCUGCCCUGAGGAGGCUGACUGGGUGUAGGCAAUUCACUAAGAAUUAA